GAGGAGAGGAGGAGGGAGGAGGAGGGAGGAGAUGAUCCAGGAUGUUGGGGAAGUUUGUGAGCCACUCUCUGAGCGGGAGGGCGCCUGAUGGGAUGCGGUGUCUGGAGCGGUAGCUCGUGCCCGGGGAGGGGGAAGGCUCAGGGCAGGGCGGCCCCUCUGGCCCUGACCAUGAUCAUCGCCUUCAGCUACUUCUUCAUCUACAGCCUGAGCGGCUGCGGCCCCCCGGCACUGCUCAGCCCGGCCUCGGGGCAGGAGGACCACCGCGACUGGAGACAACCCCAGGACCAGGAGCUCCAGCACCAGGUCCAGCACCAACCCCUCCAGCACCAGGUCCAGGUCCAGCACCAACCCCUCCAGCACCAGGUCCAGGUCCGGGACCAACCCCUCCAGCACCAGGUCCAGGUCCAGCACCAGCUCCCGCCCCGCGCCACUCCGGCUCAGGCUGCCCCGGGAGCCGGGCUCGGGGACAGCAGCCCCGGGGACGGGCAGGAGGACCCCUCGCCCCCCAGGCGCAACCUCUCGGUGUUGAGCAGCUUCGGUAGUAAGAAGUUCCCACAAGCGAUCAUCAUCGGUGUGAAGAAGGGCGGCACUCGGGCACUGCUCGAGUUCCUGAGGAUCCAUCCGGACGUCAGAGCUCUCGGAGCUGAACCGCACUUCUUCGAUAGGAAUUACGAGAGAGGACUCGACUGGUACAGGAGCCUGAUGCCGAGGACCCUGGAAGGCCAGAUCACAAUGGAGAAAACGCCCAGUUAUUUUGUCACCAAGGAAGCCCCGAAGCGUAUCUUCUCCAUGUCUAAAGACGCCAAGCUGAUCGUGGUGGUCAGGAAUCCGGUGACCAGGGCCAUCUCGGACUACACCCAGACCCUGUCCAAGAACCCCACGGUGCCCAGCUUCAGGACGUUGACGUUCAAGAACGUCAGCACGGGGCUGAUCGACACCUCCUGGAGCGCUGUCCGCAUUGGGAUUUACGCCAAACACCUGGAGAACUGGCUGCAGUACUUCCCGCUGUCCAGGAUUCUCUUCGUCAGCGGGGAGCGGCUGGUUAGCGACCCAGCCGGGGAAAUGGGCCGAGUCCAGGACUUUCUGGGGCUGAAGCGAGUGAUUUCGGACAAGCAUUUCUAUUUUAAUGAGACCAAAGGCUUCCCUUGUCUCAAGAAGCCUGAAGGUAGCAGCCGACCUCGGUGUCUGGGGAAAUCGAAGGGCAGGACUCAUCCCAAGAUAGACAUGGAGGUGGUGCUGCGGCUUAAAGAGUUCUAUCGGCCGUUUAACCUGAAGUUCUACCAGAUGACGGGGCAAGACUUUGGCUGGGAGUGAAAGAACUGUAUACUCUAUAUAGUGCAGACACCAACUUGGUGAUUUAACUGCAUAUAAAAGCCCAAUCAUUCAACCUCUCAAUCAAUUAAUUUCUCUGGCAAGUUGGGAACCAACAUUUUUUUUUCA